UCAAGAUGGAUAUCGGUGGCCUGGAGACCGUGGUGGCCAAUUCGGCGUACGUGGCUGCUCGUGGGAGCGUGGACGGCAACGCGGCGGCCACCAUGCGUGACAAGAAGAUGAGGGCCAAGCUGAAGCUGCCACACAUCACGCAGUGUGAUCACCUGAAGGACACGGUCGACCAGACCUUCGAUUCCAUGUGCAUCAAGCAGCCCAUCGGCAAGAGGCUCUUCCAGCAGUACCUGGAGGCGGAAGAAGCCUUCAAGACGGCCGGAGAGCUCUGGAAGAAAAUCGAAGACUACACCGCGUCCGAGGAGAAGGACCGACCCCAGAAGGCCCAGAAGAUGGUCAACAAGUUCUACGACUCGGGCUCCAAGACCUUCUGCAGCUUCCUGGAAGAGAAGGCGGUGAGCCGGGUCAAGGAGGACCACAAGCACAGCCGAGGAGACCUGUUCAAGGAGACGGAGCAGCAGCUGUUCAGGCACCUGGAGGAGAAGGCGCUGGAGAGCUACAAGGGCAGCCUGUUCUUCCUGCGGUUCCUGCAGUUCAAGUGGCUGGAGGGGCAGUCCGUGACUGAGGAGUGGUUCAUGGAUUUCCGCGUCUUGGGGAAGGGCGGCUUCGGCGAGGUCCACGCCUGCCAGAUGAGGGCGACCGGCAAGAUGUAUGCCAACAAGAAGCUGAACAAGAAGAGGCUGAAGACGCGCAAUGGCUACGAGGGAGCCAUCGUGGAGAGACGCAUCCUAGCGAAGGUUCACAGCCGGUUCAUUGUAACCCUGGCAUACGCCUUCCAGACCAAGCUUGACCUCUGCCUUGUGAUGACCAUCAUGAACGGGGGCGACCUCAGGUUUCAUGUUUACAACGUGGACGAGAAGAACCCAGGUUUCGGGGAGGACAGAGCCUGCUUCUACACGGCCCAGAUCAUCUGUGGACUGGAGCAUCUGCACCAGCACAGGAUCAUCUACAGGGACCUGAAACCAGAGAAUGUGCUGCUGGAUGAUGCAGGACACGUGCGGAUCUCAGACCUGGGUCUGGCCACAGAGCUGCCGGAAGGACAGGACAAGACGAAAGGCUACGCAGGCACACCAGGGUUCAUGGCACCCGAGCUGUUGAGGAAUGAACCCUACGACUACAGUGUAGAUUACUUCACUCUCGGGGUGACCCUGUACGAGAUGAUCGCAGCCAAGGGCCCGUUCAGGAGUCGAGGAGAGAAGGUAUUUACAGCUGAGCGUGGAUUCAUAAAAGAAUGCAUCCUGAACGAUCCCGUCUCCUACCCGGAGAAGUUUAGCAGUGACUGCAAGGCCCUGUGCGAGGCACUGAUGGAGAAGGACGCUGCCAAGCGCCUGGGCUUCAAGGACAAUCAAUGUCUGGAGCUCAAGGACCAUCCCUACUUCAAGACAAUCAACUGGGGUCGUUUUCCCGCAGGUCUCAUGGAUCCCCCCUUCGUUCCGGACCCCAAGAUGGUUUACGCCAAGGACAUCAGCGACGUGGGGGCCUUCUCCACCAUCAAAGGCGUGGUGCUGGAUGACAAAGACAAGGAGUUCUACGAGGACUUCUCUUCCGGGAACAUCCCCAUCCCCUGGCAGGAGGAGAUGGUGGAGACUGGGGUCUUCGGGGAGAUGAACGUGUGGGGAGCCAAGGGGACCACCCCCAACGACCUCCGCUACGACUACGUGCCCCCAGCGGAGAGCAAGUCAGGGACCUGCCUGCUUCUCUGAGGACGCCCCUCCUCGGCAGAGCUCUAGAUAACAUUCAGCAGUGCACAGAUUCACCAUGACAGGGAGAUCCAAUGCAGGGCUCCUUUGGGUCUCAUUGAGAUCAGCCUGUCUUGAGCUAUUUGAAGCCGCAGUACACAAUUCCAUCCCUCCAGUCCAGUCCAGUCCAGGUUUUUACUCCAAUCCAGUUCUGCUUCAACCUGCUGACAAACAGUUAACUAAUGCACAGCUCCGGCCAAAGGUUUUGCAUCACCCCCCUUCUAAAUGAACUGAUUUUGCUUCAUGCAGUCGAA